CACUUUUAAUGAUCAACUAUCUUAUCCAACCAACCCACCCACCCACUAAUAAAGAAUCAUCAUAAACAUAAACCAAAUUUUGAAUCAAAAGUGUAAUAUAAAUAUCCCCACAUCACAUCAACAUUCAUCAUCUUCAACAAUCUUGCUUACAUAUUUACAGGAACCCACUUCAUAUUUACACCUCCAAUGGCUCUCCAAGCUACUUCACCUUCUUUCUCCAUUCACAAAGAGGGGAAGACCAGUGCAUCUUUGAAGGAUUCCAGCUUAUUUGGAGCAUCACUAUCAUCUCAUCUUAAAUUUGACCUCAAAUCAUCAGCAGCAUCAAGAAACAGGGAAUUUAGCCAAAGGGGUGCACUCAAAACCCAAGCCCUGGUUGCUACAACACCGUCGGUGAACCAGGCGUCAACCGAUGGGAAGAAAACCUUAAGAAAGGGUACGGUGGUUGUCACCGGGGCUUCCUCUGGUUUGGGUCUAGCCACAGCAAAAGCUCUAGCCGAAACAGGGAAAUGGCAUGUGAUUAUGGCUUGUCGAGACUUUCUAAAAGCAGAAAGAGCAGCCAAAUCGAAUGGAAUGUUAAAAGAGAAUUAUACCGUUAUGCAUUUGGACCUUGCGUCGUUUGACAGUGUCAGACAGUUUGUCGCCAACUUCAAGCAAUCGGAUCAACCGCUUGAUGUGUUGGUUUGCAACGCAGCCGUUUAUCUUCCGACCGCUAAGGAGCCCACAUUUACGGCUGAUGGGUUCGAGCUCAGCGUUGGGACUAACCAUCUUGGUCACUUCUUGCUUGCAAGAUUGUUGCUUGAUGACUUGAAGCAUUCUGAUUACCCAUCAAAAAGACUCAUCAUUGUUGGCUCCAUUACAGGAAACACAAACACAUUGGCUGGAAACGUACCUCCAAAAGCUAACUUGGGAGACAUGAGAGGUCUAGCCGGUGGAUUGAACGGACUCAACAGCUCUGCCAUGAUUGAUGGAGGAGAUUUUGAUGGUGCAAAGGCGUACAAAGACAGCAAGGUCUGCAACAUGCUCAUGAUGCAAGAAUUCCACCGCCGUUUCCACGAAGAAACCGGCAUCACGUUCGCUUCCCUGUACCCCGGUUGUAUCGCAACAACAGGCUUGUUUAGGGAGCAUAUUCCGGCUUUCAGACUCCUCUUUCCUCCGUUCCAGAGGUACAUCACCAAGGGAUUUGUCUCCGAGGAGGAAUCCGGCAAAAGACUUGCUCAGGUUGUGAGUGAUCCAAGCUUGACGAAAUCUGGAGUUUACUGGAGCUGGAACAAUAACUCGGCUUCGUUUGAGAACCAGUUGUCAGAAGAAGCUAGUGAUGUCGCCAAGGCUCGUAAAGUAUGGGAGAUAAGUGAGAAACUCGUCGGGUUAGCUUAAACAAGAUAAAUCUCUCUUCGGUUUGAUCCAUUUGGGGUGAGGAUGUGAGCAUAAGAAAUGGACGCAGGCAGUUUUCUAUUGUAAAUUUUGGUCGGUUCAACCAGAUUCGACAAUAAAAUCACUCGGCAUUUACUUGCA